GCAGCGCUCCCCUCAUUUGCUAAGGCAGUGAGAUUCACUCCCCCGCCUGUGAGUAGUGCGUAUGUUAGUGCUGCCUCCGACGUGCUCAUCUCCUCCCUCCUGUACUGACUUCUACGGGACACUCGUAAGAGGAGGCGUGAAGCAGGGGUUAUCAAUGACUUUGGAUCUUAUUCUUCUCAUCUCAUACCUUCAAUUCAUUGCCGUGAACGUCUCAUCCGACCAAAGGACUUAUUUUGUCGUCGUCUCAAAGAGUCAUUGCUUAAUGAAUUGUGACUAAGGAUCCAACCCUUCAUUUUUAUAUUGAUGAUGGAACCUUUGGAGAUGGAACCCACAAAAAACAAACUUACCUUUGGGUGUCAGAGAAGUUCAACAUCUGAUGAUGAUUCAGGCUAUGCCUUGGAAGAGUAUGCCUGGGUUCCACCAGGUCUUAAGCUAGAAGAGGUCCAGCUUUAUUUUGCUUGUUUACCAGAAGAUAAAGUUCCUUAUGUUAACAGCCCUGGGGAGAAACAUCGGAUUAAACAGCUUUUGUACCAAUUGCCUCCACAUGAUAAUGAGGUGAGGUAUUGCCAAUCUCUGAGUGAAGAAGAAAAGAAGGAAUUGCAGAUGUUCAGUGUUCAGCGUAAGAAAGAGUCACUUGGAAGAGGAACUAUUAAACUUCUUUCCAGAGGACUAAUGCAUACAGUUUGUGAACAGUGUGGAAUGAAGAUAAAUGCAGGCAAAAUUGUGGUAUUUGCCUCUCGAGCUGGGCCUGGAGCAUGGUGGCAUCCUUCCUGUUUCGUCUGCUUUACAUGUAAUGAGCUGCUAGUUGAUCUCAUCUAUUUUUACCAAGAUGGAAAAAUUUACUGUGGGAGGCAUCAUGCUGAACUGCUCAAACCCCGUUGUUCAGCUUGUGAUGAGAUAAUUUUUGCUGAUGAGUGCACAGAAGCCGAAUGUCGCCACUGGCACAUGAAACACUUCUGUUGCCUUGAAUGUGAAACUGUCCUUGGUGGACAAAGGUAUAUUAUGAAGGAUGGCCAUCCAUUUUGCUGCGGUUGUUUUGAAUCUCUUUAUGCAGAAUACUGUGAGACCUGUGGAGAGCACAUAGGUGUUGAUCAUGCUCAAAUGACCUACAAUGGACAACACUGGCAUGCCACAGAAGCUUGCUUUUCCUGUGCGCAGUGUAAAAUUCCUCUGUUAGGUUGUCCCUUCCUUCCCAAACAAGGGCAGAUCUAUUGCUCCAAAACCUGUAGUCUUGGGGAAGAUAUUCAUGCCUCAGAUUCCUCAGAUUCUGCAUUCCAGUCUGCCCGAUCCAGAGACUCUCGGAGAAGCAUCCGUGUUGGGAAGAGUAGUCAGUCAACUGACCAGUGCAGACAGUCUCUGCUUCUGUCCACUGCCCUAAACUACAAGUACCUCAACCUUUCUGACAAUGCCGAGGACCUUCUUUCUCAUAAACUGGAUGAUCUGAGCCUCUCACAUCAAGGUGUGAAUUUUGUCAAUAAAGAGUUUUGGAAAAGUGAAGGAGACCAGGAACUGCCAGAAGAUACUGAAGAAUGGGCAGAGCAUGAAGACUAUAUGACGCACCUGCUUCUCAAAUAUGGCGAUAAAGGCCUCUUUCAACAGCCUAAUGAAAUGGACGUUCAGUCCAGUGAGCACUGGGUAGCUAAUAACAUGGUUACAAAUAAGACUGAUUUAAAUAAACAAAAUCUAGUCAAUCAAAAAUACCAAUCAGAGGUGUAUUGGUCACAGUCACAAGAUGGAUUGGAUGAUUCUGCUUAUGGUAGUCAUCCAGGUCCUGUUGGCAAUAGAAAGCUCCAAGAAUUGGAUAUGGAACAUGGAGCUUCUGGAUACAAUCAUGAUCAAAUACAUUGGUAUGAAGAUUCUGUGGAGUGUUUAUCUGACUUGAAAAAUGAACAAAGUGUCCUGGACUCUAUGGAUUCUUUAGCCUUAUCUAAUAUUACAGGGACUUCAGUAGAUGAAGAAAACAAGUCAAGACCUUCAUUAUAUUCUCUACAAAACUUCCAGGAAAUAGAAAAAGAGGAGUGUGAAAAAAUGAGUGAUAUGGGCACUUUAAAUUCUUCUCCACUCCAUAGAAACACUGAAUUCUUAAAGAGUCUAAGUUCUGAAUUAUGUCCAGAAAAUAUAUUGGCCAAAGAGAAACAAGUGCACCUACCAAUACUGAGAAGAUCUAAGUCUCAGUCUAGACCACAAGUUAAAUUUUCAGAUGAUGUUAUUUACAAUAAAAACCAUGGCAAUAUUGAAAUCAACCAACCACCAAUGAGUGAAAGGACUAGAAGAAGAGUUUAUCAUUUUGAGGAAUGGGGACCCCGGCCUCAUUCUCAUUGCCACAGAAGAAGUAGGAAAUCUUGCUCAGACAAUGCACUGAACGUCACUACAGAAAGAAAGUACUCUCCUAAAGAGAAGCACUGGCCUUACUCUCCAGAUAACUAUGGGAAAUUUAAUCAAAAUAAACACGCUCACGAGCUCCAAGCUUACGUACAAAAUGCUGAGCUCUAUGGACAAUACGUUCAUGCUACUCCAGAUUAUGCACCACAGAAUCAAGUAGUUGAUAAAUUUAUUAAAUUUUAUGGUGACGAUGAUUCUUUAUGUUCAACUUCUUCUUCUGAUUCAGAAGAAGAAGGAUACUUUCUUGGGCAACCCAUUCCUAAACCACGGCUGCAGAGACGUGCGUGCUAUACAGAUGACCUCUCCAGUCCAACCUCCGAGCUACUUAAUACUCAAAUUGGGCAAAGGACAACAAACUCCAAAAAGAAAAAGGGACACAAAGGCAAGAAUUGUAUUAUUUCUUAACUCUGUAGUUAUGGAGACCAUGCUAGCUGUGUAGCUAGCAGGUGGUUUUAAAUGCUUUGCCAACACAAAUGAUGACCCAACUGCUAAAGAAUGUCAUACACAUUUUGAAAGGUACAGGUCGUCCGGCUCCAUUCCUCGGAUGUUACUGAGUUUAUGAGUUGUGUCCAUUAACUACACUGCAGGUUUUUCUAUUCAGAAUAAAACAAACAUGGUAUUUGAACCUACUAUGAAACAGGCUUUAAUUUUAAAAGCUGGAGAAAUACAGCCACUUUUGUGAAAUAGUAGUUUUCUUUUUCUUUAGAGUAAUCCUUGGCUUAGAUCUUAUUUUGGUUUGUUUUAUUGUGAAGUAUGCACAUUGUUAAAACUGAUAGAGAAAAAAUGGUGCAGUAUAUUGUACAAGCCCAACUUGGACUUUUUUGACACUUAGCCCAUGUUACCAUUGUAUUUUGUUAAAUGCAACCACCAAAUGAGAAAACAUUGCUAUUUAUGAUAUCUUUCAGAAAUUUAAGUGUAUCCCUAAUUUAAUACUACAAAUGUUAAUGUAUAUAUUAUACAGUUCAUAUUUUAAAACUGAUAUUUUUAUAUUCCUGAAUCAUAAGACGUCUACUGUGCUACUGUCAACAACAUCACAGGAUUCGUGUGAAAACCAGGUUUAUUACAAGAGAAAUAUACAUGCAUGUGGAACCCCAAGAGUUCACAGUCCUUAUAAAAGUUUGUAUAUUUAUGAUAUUACGACAAAAGGAGGAGGAAACAGGAAAGGGCAUAGCAUGGGAGGGGAAAGGUGCAAUAACCUCCCUUGAAAGGGAGGAACAAGACAAUGGGAUAUUCUUUUUUCUUGGAACCACUAGACUAGAUAGGAGGGUCUGCUUAUCUGCAAAGGACCCCAGCUGCACAAGCAUUUUUCCCAGUCUGGCACAGACUGGCUGAUGCCUGUCUUGCCUCUCAAAGACACACAGGGAAUUCAGCUUGGGAUGCAAACAAGAGAUUAUGUUAGCUGGGGGAGCUUCUUCACCCUUGAUAUAUUCAGGGCCUCCUGCAUAUUGUGAGUCCAGUGUUUUGGGAAAACAUGGUAACACAAAAAAAGCAAUAGCUCUUAACACUACAAAACUAGAUUUGUUAGGAAACUAGCAGUAGCAUUAUGGAUUAAGUGAAUGUAUUCAGGGUUUAAAAUUGAGAUAGUUAAAUUUGUAAUAUUGGAACAAAGUUUAAUUUUUUUUUUCAAUUUUCAGUAUUAAAAAAAUUCUGUAUGCAUGGCAGGGCUUAGUAAAUACUCUUUAACCAUAAUACAUUUAAUCUUACAAGUAUUAUUUAUGGGCCAAGCAAUGUAAACUGUACAAAUGUAAAAGCAAUUUUUAAAAAAUACUCUUGAAAAUAUAUCAGUAAAAAACAAA